AUGUCUUUGGUGGGGAAGAGGGUUUUGGCAGAGUCCGCGCGAAAUCAUUUUGGACAAGAGGACCCAUACUUUGAAGAAGUCCCUGCUUCGCGUUUAUCCCGUGCGUUUGGCAAAACGACUCAAAAACGGCGCAAAGCUGUUCCGCCUGGCCUGUCCAAGAACGAUGAGCAGGUGUUGACCCAGGUCAAGCGUCGAGCCUACAGACUAGAUUUGUGCCUGUUCAGUUUGUGUGGCAUCCGGUUUGGCUGGGGGAGCGUAAUUGCUUUGAUUCCUGUUGCCGGAGACAUCCUCGAUACCUUUUUCGCACUCAUGGUCCUGAGGAGCUGCGAGAAUAUCGACGGCGGGCUUCCUGCAUCACUGCGGAUGAAGAUGACCAUGAACAUUAUCUUUGAUUUCGUCAUUGGCCUCGUCCCUUUCGUUGGAGACCUCGCAGACGCCAUGUACAAAUGCAACACCAGAAACGCCGUGAUCCUGGAGAAGCACCUGAGGGAAAAAGGGGCCCGGACUAUUGCCAAGAGACGGAAACAAAACGAGGAUCCCGACGUGGAUUACAGUCUGCCAGACGAAUUUGACAGAUAUGACGAGAAUAUGGUCGAUGGUCGUCCGUCUAGACACGCGAGUCGGUCGCGCAGCAAGAGGACAAAGAGUCCAGCCAGACCUCAACCAGUUAGGCAUGCGCAAAGUAACCGACAGGAGCGCAAAUGGUUUGGCGGAUCGGCUCCUCUGGAUGAUGACCUGGAAACUGGCGUCGUUGAUAACACAAGACGCUAG